CACUGCAUGGUUGGUAACAUUAGUCACACAAGCAAACAUGCUCACAUACACAGCUUUCUCUCCCACACACCAACCCCAGGAAAAUACCCUUUAAAUAUACGUCACAGCAGUCUGUGGUACUUGGGUGAACACUGUAAACACUUUGGUUUUUAGUGAGUCGGCGAAUAUAUAAAGAGUAGAGGAGGAGACAUAUUGGAACAAGGACUUAAAAGACACUUGGAGGCCUGAUCAUGAGUUGACUCUACUGCAUCAAGACACAUAGAGAGGAAGCAGCAGUCCUCCAGGCAGCAGAGGCGAGAUGAUACGACCGGGAGCUCAGCAGUAUGUGGUGGCCAGGCCGCUGUACUCAGAAGACUCCUUCGCAGAGGACCAUGAGAAGGUGUACAGGCACCUCAAGACCAUAAUGGACCACAUCAAGCAGUACUUCACAUGUGAUGCCAAACGAGCUAAGAAUGCAGCUCUCUCUCUCCUGCCGGUCAUUGGCUGGAUGAAAAUGUAUAGAAUCAAAGAGUGGCUGCUAAGUGACAUUGUGUCUGGUCUCAGCACCGGGCUGGUAGCUGUCCUGCAAGGUCUGGCCUACUGUCUACUGGCCUCUUUGCCACCCUGGUACGGACUCUUCUCUGCCUUCUUCCCUGUUGUCAUGUAUUUUUUCCUGGGCACCUCUAGACACAUCUCAGUAGGUCCGUUCCCAGUCUUGUGUCUGAUGAUCGGCUCAGUGGUCACCAGGUUGGUCCCCGACGAGGGUCCGCCUGCCAACAUCACAGGGUUUGAAGGCCUGACGAAAGAUGAGCAGAGAGUGUUGGUGGCUUCGUCUGUGUCCUUCCUUGCCGGCAUCAUGCAGCUUGCCAUGGGGGUUAUGCAGGUGGGCUUUGUUGUUAUGUACCUGUCCGACACUCUGGUGUCCGGCUUCACCACUGCAGCUGCUGUCCACAUUCUGGUAUCCCAGCUCAAGUUUGUGCUCGGGUUGACUGUUCCAGGCAUCAGUGGUCCACUCUCUAUCAUAUACACCCUGGAGGUGAUCUUUAACAAGAUCACUUCCACCAAUGUGUGUGACGUGGUGAUCUCCUUAGUGAUCAUGGUGGUGGUGUUCAUUGUGAAGGAGCUAAAUGACAGAUUCAAAUCCAAGCUGCCGGUGCCUAUCCCCAUAGAGGUCAUCAUGACUGUCAUUGCAUGUGGAGUUUCAUAUGCGUUUGACUUCAAGACAAAAUAUGGCAUUGACGUUGUUGGCCCUAUUCCAAAAGGGUACGAGGCUCCCAUCCCCCCCAAUCUGCAUAUCUUCCAGGAGACAGCAGUGGAAGCAUUUCCCAUGGCCAUAGUGGGUUUUGCUGUUGCCUUUUCUGUGGCAAAAGUCUAUUCUGUAAAACAUGAUUACACCAUCGAUGGAAACCAGGAGCUGAUAGCUUUUGGAGUCAGCAACAUCUUUGGAGCUUCCUUCAAGUCUUUUGCUGCGAGUACAGCUCUUUCCAGGAGUGCAGUGCAGGAGAGCACAGGUGGCAAGACUCAGGUUGCUGGAUUACUGUCAGCUAUCAUAGUGAUGAUCGUCACAUUAGCCAUUGGAUUUCUCCUGGAGCCGCUCCCGAAGUCUGUGCUGGGUGCUGUGGUCAUCGUCAACCUGAAGGGUAUGCUGAUGCAGUUUAGAGAAAUCCCAUACCUGUGGAGGAGGGACAAACCAGACUGUGUGGUAUGGAUAGGUACCUGUAUUGCAGCCAUCUUGCUGGGGCUGGAUCUCGGAUUGGCUGCAGGUCUCGGUGUGGAGCUAAUCAGUGUUGUCCUCAGGACUCAGUUUCCUCGCUGCAGUGUGCUGGCCAACAUCAAAGGAACUGAUAUCUACAAAGACAGAAAGGACUACAUUGAUAUAUAUGAGCCAGAUGGAGUGAAGAUCUUCAGGAUACCAUCACCCAUUUUCUUUGCCAACAUUGAGUUCUUCAGGGGCAAGCUGGUGGAAGCUAUUGGAUUUAACCCCUUGAGAGUAUUGAGAAAGAGAAAUAAAGCCCUGAGGAUGAUCCGUAAGCUUCUAAAGAAGGGAGACCUUCAGUGGACAUCAAAAGGCUUCCUGAAUACCUCGUGCGGACCCAUCAGUGAGUCAGAAGAUGAGUACAACAAAGAGGAGCUGGACCUGCCGACUGACUUCAAGGACCUUCCCACCCGCAUUGACUGGAACACCGAGCUUCCCGCCAACAUCGUUGUUCCCAGAGUAGACCUCCACAGCCUGAUCUUGGACUUUGCUGCUGUCUCCUUCCUGGACAUCUCUGCUCUGAAGGGUCUCAAAACGAUGCUGAAAGAACUGAUCCGGGUUGAAGUUGAGGUCUACAUUGUGGCUUGUGAUCCUUACAUCCAGAUGAAACUGCAUGACUGUUGCUUCUUUGAUGAUGAAGUUCAGCCAUCAGUGUUCUUCCUGACACUGCAUGACGCCAUGCUGCACAUCCUCGAGAAACACCCAGACCGCACAGAAAAGAAAUCUGACAAUGAAAGAAUUAUAACAACAGUCACAAUUCACCACCCUGGAGGCAAUGUGAGGAGCAGAGAUAGACAUGUUCCAGAUCGAGAAACCAGAUUUUAACUUCUGAAUGAGAAGACGUUUAUUUUGGGGGAAAAAAUACCUAAAAGACCAAAGACAAAAAGAGUAAAUGUUGAAAGAUGAUGCUGUAUAAAACACUGAUGUAGUGAAUGACGAAAUACUGUUUUUGACUUUGUACAUCUGACAAUCUAAGUUUACAUAUGCAAUAUUUACGGUAAUGUAAAAAAAAAUAAUUUCAUGGUAUUGAUGUUUUUUAUACUGUAUAUACUGAAUUUGUAGAAAUUUUAGAUGCAAUAUAUUUUACAUGUUGUAGAUUUAUAUAUUUCCAUGAUGAUGAGAAUAAAUGAACUUCAAAAUAAUAUUCUCUGUUUGGGACCAAAGCAAUGUGAAAGAGUCUGAAUGUUCAGUGGCUGAAAUAUUGAAAUAAAUAUUUCAUCAUUCUAAAUAAUGUCA